AUGCCUGUGUCUGCACACAAUAGUGCUGAUGCAGCACUGGAGAAUGGUACGUGGACAGAUGCGCAGGGGGACGACUAUGUACAUGGAUACGGGAGUGCGGAGACGGCUGUAUUACAACGUCCAGUUGUUGAUGAUAGCGGCGAGAGAUCCGACUCGUCGGCGUCGGCGCCCGUCGCGUCAGAGACGCUCGCGCCUGAUCUGUCGAUGUCGUCCCACGACACAAGCAGUCACUAUGCGCGCAAGAUGCGCGAGCAAGGCGUAGAAACGCCAUCUACGACAUCGCCAGUGUCCGAGCGGUCGACUCGGUCAUCACCCGUGGUGUCACCGUCACCCAGUCAAGAUUCGUCUGAGAGCUCGUCGAUCGAGACGGCACUCGUGUCGGAGGAGGGACCUGCGCGCGACGCGACAUCCAGCACGACGACUGCCGUUUCAAUAGGCACAUCGCUUUCGCAAGCGCCAGCGGCAAGGCAGACGCAGAUGCCCAAGCGCCCGGGACAGCCGCAAUUUGAAGGGUUCUGGCAAGUGCAGUCGCUCGAGGACUUGCGGCCUAUGCAUGACAGCAGUCAGCUGUGCGCGAAGCAAAGACGGGCUGAUCCGAUUGGUGGGUCGGUGAGUCCCCUCAAAGCCCUCACGUCGUACUUGCAUCAUACAUAUCACCUCGUGAACCCAGCGUUCGUGUAUGAGCUAGCGUUCAACCCUCGGCGGGUGCUGACGAAGCCCAGCAAGCCAGUGUACAAUGAUGGCUAUGACAAUGAGGAGAGCGACUAUAUCCUGUAUGUGAAUGACUACUUGGGCAACGAAGAGGGGCAUCGCUACCUUAUUCUAGAUGUGCUGGGCCAAGGCACGUUCGGGCAGGUCGUCAAGUGCCAGAACAUGUCGAAUCACGAGAUCGUGGCUGUAAAAGUAAUCAAGAACAAGCCAGCCUAUUUCAACCAGAGCAUGAUGGAAGUGACGAUCCUCGAGACCCUCAACCAGCACUGGGACCCGGAUGACCAGCAUAAUAUUUUGCGGUUGCGCGACACGUUUAUUCACCACAAGCACCUAUGCUUGGUAUUUGAGCUGCUGUCGUCCAAUCUGUACGAGCUGAUCAAGCAAAACUCUUUCCGCGGACUCAGUACGAGCCUUGUGCGUGUCUUUAUAUCGCAGUUGCUCGACGCUUUGGUGGUACUGAAGGAAGCGCGGCUGAUCCAUUGUGACUUGAAGCCUGAGAAUAUACUCCUACGGACGCUGCAAGCGCCGUCGAUCAAGCUCGUGGAUUUCGGUUCCGCGUGUCAUGAAGAGCAGACUGUCUACACAUACAUCCAAAGCCGAUUCUACCGCUCGCCUGAGGUCCUGCUGGGUUUGCCAUACACAUCGUCGAUCGACAUGUGGUCGUUGGGAUGCAUCGCCGCCGAGCUAUUCCUUGGGCUCCCCAUUUUUCCUGGCACAUCUGAGUAUAACCAGCUGAGCCGUAUCACUAGCAUGCUGGGUCUCCCACCGGCGUUCAUGCUUGAACGCGGACGCCAAACGCAUGAAUUUUUCAACGUACAUACCGAUCCAUUUGGUCGCGCCAUAUUCCAGCUCAAAUCCAUGGAGCAGUUUUCCCGCGAGCAUCGCGUGCAGGAGCAGCCUAGCAAGCAAUAUUUCCCUGGUACAACGCUGCCGGAGGUGAUUCGUCUCACGCCCAUUUCGCGACGCAGUGGCCGCUCCGCCGACACUGAUAAGGAGAUGGCCAAUCGCGCUGCUUUCACCGACUUUAUCGCCGGCUUACUGAAUAUGAAUCCGCUCGAGCGCUGGACGCCGCAGCAGGCCAAGCAGCACCCAUUUAUUACUGGUGAGCCUUACACUCAGCCGUGGCAGCCAUCAGAUGCGUCAGCCAUUGCUGCUACAGCGGCCGCGGCCGCUGCGGCCGCUGCGGCAGCUCCUCCCGCUCCAGAGACUGUGCACGCACAUGCGCUUACACAUGCGCCCGCACACCCCCCCGUUCCUGGCACCACCGGCCCUGCAACCGGUCCGCCGAUGCCAACGACGGCGGCAGCGGCCGCUGCCGGGGCGGCUGUCGCCGCAAGGGCUUCUUCCGUUUCAGCGACAGCUACCCAAGGAGCUCCUUCCAAUUUGCCGUCAGAGGCAUCGGCGGCCAUCCAUUCGUAUGCCGAGCCGCCGCCGCCUGAAGACCCGUACGCUGUGUUGCAGCCCUUCAAUCGAUCGAAUGCGCCUCGCGCCUAUGUGUCGCCAUCGAGCGCGGCGCCCGCGAACCAUACCGCGGUGCAAUCACCAGGUGUCGAAGCCCAACACAUGUAUGAUAUGAGCGCCGGCGCAGCAUCAAGUGCGUACCAUCCAACCCAUCCACAUCAUCAUCACCAUCAUCAUCAUCACCAUGCUCCAUCGCAGGUGCACAUGUAUUCAUAUUCGAACGAGCAUGACCCUGCAUGGGCUUGGAGCCCUGCAGCGACGCCUCUGGCUUCCGUUCACAAUGCACCACAUGCACCCAACGGACAGUCAGCGCCACCGCCACCGCCACCAUCAUCAGCUUCAGCCGCCGCCACGAAUCCUGCUGCCGCGGCAGCAGCAGCAGCAGCAGCAGCAGCAGCCGCGGCGAACUAUGCACCUGCCAUCUAUGCAGGUGGCGUAGCGCCGCCACAACCACAUCCACCACAGGCCACCCAACCGCCACAGGGCAGCUUUGCCGUCGUCGUUCAUGGCAACGACGGUCCGUACGCCAUGUCCGACUCCUCGCUAGGGUCAGUGCCUCAUCAUAGUCUAUCCCCAUCGCAGAUGGCUCCGUACGGGAUGCCAUACGUGCCGCGGCACGACGCGAGUGAUGCUGUGCAUGCUACGGGCGAUCCAUAUGCUCAGACGCCUCGGUACAAUGACCGUCGUGUUGAUUCGCAUGUCUUGCCCAUGUAUAUGAACCAAAGGCCAUAG